UACAUGUCUUUUGGUGUGUGCGUGAAAAAACAUUGUAAAAUAAAGAAACAAAGAUAUUGAAUGAUAGUCGGAAGAGAACUUGCUUUAUAUAAUCGAUAGCUAAAGAACAAAACGAGACUGGAAAAUAAAAAUAUUUUUCACAUUCAGUUAUAAAAGAAAUACUUGUCAUUAUGCAUUAUAAGCUUACAAUAAAUAGACUCGCUACAAUGCUGAGGUUUGGUGGUAUUUGGCCUGUAGAAACAACGAUUACAAGUUUUAGAUUUUUAAAUUCAAUUUUCCGUUUGUUCAACCUCACCAUAAUUGUGUUAUUAACAUUGAUUAUGUCAGCCGAUGCAAUCGCUAACAUCAAUGAGAUAUCACUUAUUACAGAUAAUUUAUGUUUCUUGAUCGGAAGUUUCGAAACAUUAGCAAAGGGAUUGAAAUGUUGCAUUGAAUAUAAAAAUAUCAAGAAACUUAUAAACGAUAUUUAUGAACCGAUAGACAUAAUUAAGAAAAAAAACAAUGUUCAAGUUAUGAAAUGGAUUACUGAGAUAGCGGAUUUUGAAAAUCGACAAUUUUUGACAGUUUUUGGAAUGGUCAUUUUAGUAGCAUCAGCACGCAUUUUUAGUGCUGACAUUAAAAACCGAGAAUUUCCAGUACGUAUUUUUGUUCCGUUUGAUGCAUCAAAGUCACCUUAUUAUCAUUUAAUGUAUGUCGCAAUAUCUUAUGGUAUUUUAAUUGUCGACUACUCUCUUUUUGGUGUUGAUAUCAUGGUAAUUGUAAUAAUGAGAUAUCUGACUGUCCAAUUAGAAAUAUUAAAAGCAAAUUGCAGACAUUGUCGCAGUAAUUCUAAUAAACGUGCUAUCAAUUUGUCAUCAGAUAAGAAUUCAACAAUAUUUCAGAGUAGCGCAAUAACAAACGCUCAUAACGAUGGUGAUAAUAAUAAAGACAACGAAAUAAGGGAAUUCGUGAUGUUUGAAAUGCAAGAGACGAAUGUGUAUGACGAAGAUACCUUUGAUUGGAGGUUUAAGCACUGUGUUACACACCAUCAAAAAAUAAUUAAUAUGUUAAAUGUAGCCAAUAACUGUUUCAGUUUUUGUGCAGUUGUUCAAAUUAUGACCAGCACUGUAUUAGUAUGUUUGAAUGGAUUUCAAAUAAUUCUAAGUUAUGAUAAUCUUCAUCUGCUAAUCAGAAGAAUUUUGGCAAUCAUAGUCGUCCUAUUUCAACUAUUUGUUUGGUGCUGGUAUGGAAACAAAAUGAGUGCAGCAGCAGAGUCAUUGACAAGUAAUCUGUGGAUGUGCGGUUGGGAAAAUGAACACAAGCAUGGAAUACGUAAUACCGUAUCAAUACCAAUGAUACUGUCGUUACAGUCAUUAGAAAUUCGUGCAGUUGGUGUUGUUCCUUUGUCAUUACAAACCUUUGUUUCUGCUAUCAAAACAUCAUACUCAGUGUUAGUACUGCUACUUACGGUUGCCAAGGAUCAGUAAUCUAUUAAUUCAUACUUUAUACAAAUGUGACACUAAAACCAUUUUACGAGUUGUGUGAAAAUAAUUCAAACUUCGAAUACGAAGCAGAGACGUUGAGCUUUACUGUCGAACUGUCAAGAUCAAGUGAAAUAUUAAAUUGUUUGUUAUUUUUAUA